AUGUCAUCAGAGGCUGAUCCUGACUUGCCAGCGGUCAAUCUGAACAUCUCUGAAGGACGUGAUUAUCUGUGGGCAAAAACCAAAGCUGCUUUCAAAUACGCGUACGAUCAUCAUUUGGUGGGUUUUAUUGUUCUGUUUUCGUGUGUAAAUGAUUACGACUGGUUUUUGAAAGCCGACGACGACACAUAUGUCGUUCUCGAGAAUUUGAGAUACUUACUUCUUCCUCACUCUCCCGAUCAGCCCAUCCACUUUGGAUGCAAAUUUAAACCUUUCACCAAGCAAGGUUAUCACAGCGGUGGUGCUGGUUAUGUGCUUAGCCGUGAAGCUUUGAAAAAAUUCGUCACUGAAGGUCUCACAGACCCAAAGAAAUGUUCUCCUAAUCAUGGUGGAGCAGAAGAUGCUGAAAUGGGAAAGUGCUUAGAGAAGAUUGGAGUAUUUGCAGGCGAUUCACGUGAUAGUUCACAACACCAUAGGUUUAUGCCAUUUGUACCGGAACAUCACAUCAUGCCUGGCCAUGUUGAUAAGUCGUUUUGGUUUUGGUCAUAUACCUAUUACCCGUUCGAACAAGGCCCUGGCUGUUGUUCUGACUACGCUAUCUCAUUCCAUUAUGUCAAUGCUAAUCUCAUGUAUGCUUUGGAGUAUCUAAUCUACCAUCUAAAACCAUUUGGUAUCGAUCGAUCACUCAGGUAA